AAAUUUAUAAUAUUGGUAAUAAUAGUUUUGAGAAUAGAGUUAUUUUAAACAAUGACCCUCGACCAUUUCACAUUCACACCGAAAAGCUACAUGACAUUUCAACAAAGAUAUGCCAUCGAUGCCAAGCAUUGGGCUGGUGCUAAAGCGAACGCACCAAUCUUAGCAUUUCUUGGACUGGAAGCGUCGUUAGAGACUGAUUUGGCUGCCUUUGGUUUUCUUAGUGACAACGCUCCUCAUUUUAAAGCGCUCAAAGUCUAUAUAGAGCAUAGGUAUUAUGGGAAUACGAUUCCAUUUGGAUCGGCAAAAGAAGCAAUGAAGAACGCGAGUACGUUGGGGUAUUUGACCACAGCUCAAGCCCUGGCAGACUACGCUGCAAUUCUCUUGCAUAUUAAGGAGAAGUACUUAGCUAAACAGAGCCCUAUCAUUGUCGUAGGAGGAUCUUAUGGUGGAAUGUUAGCAGCAUGGUUUAGGCUAAAAUAUCCGCACAUAGCACUCGGGGCAUUAGCAUCUUCAGCUCCUCUUCUCUACUUUGAAGAUACUCGUCCUAAAUUUGGUUAUUAUUAUGUUAUAACCAAAGUUUUCAAGGAAACGAAUAAGAGAUGUUACAACACGAUCCGCAAAUCCUGGGAAGAAAUUGAUAGAGUUGCUGCCAAACCCAACGGUUUAUUGAUCCUCAGCAAAAAAUUCAAAACUUGCACUCCAUUAAGUAGAAGCUUUGAUCUUAAAGACUUCUUGGACACGAUAUAUGCUGAAACUGUUCAAUACAACGAUGGUUUUUGGGUGACCAGCGUGUGCAAUGCAAUCAACGCCAAUUCACCAAACCGUAAAAUUGAUAUACUCGACCGGAUUUUCGCAGGUGUUGUCGCUUUAAUAGGCAACCAAUCUUGCUAUAAUACCAAUUAUUCUGUGCAUGUCACAAACAAUGAUAUGGCAUGGAGAUGGCAGUGCUGCAGCGAGAUAGUGAUACCGGUGGGACAUGACAAACAAGACACAAUGUACCAAACAUCACCGUUUAAUAUGACCAGUUACAUUGAAGACUGUGAAUCUUCUUAUGGAGUCCGUCCUAGGCCACAUUGGAUAACAACGUACUUCGGCAUUCAGGAUGUCAAGUUAAUCCUUCGAAGAUUUGGGAGCAACAUCAUUUUUUCUAAUGGAUUGUCAGAUCCUUAUAGCGUUGGCGGGUAAAUAACUUGUUCCUAAUUAUUUGAACAGAGUAUUAGUGAAUCGAUGUGUACAAGGUUUUAUGCAUUUUUUUAAUAUAUUUCAGAGUUUUGGAAGAUCUUUCAGAUAGUGUAAUCGCUAUCACGACAAAAAAUGGUAAUUUAUUAAAUUUUCAGUUUUAGU